GUGGUCACCAUGCCUGAGUACCUGAAGAAGAGGUUUGGAGGACAGCGUAUUCGCAUCUAUCUCUCAGUGCUGUCCCUUGCUCUGUAUGUUUUCACCAAGAUAUCAGCAGACAUGUUCUCUGGCGCCAUUUUUAUCAACCAGGCUCUUGGGUUGAAUAUCUACCUUGCUGUUGUCAUGCUGCUAUUGAUUACUGCACUGUACACUGUCACAGGUGGAUUGGCUGCAGUGAUCUACACGGACACUUUACAGACCAUCAUCAUGGUUGUUGGAUCAUUCAUCCUUAUGGGCUUUGCUUUCAAUGAGGUGGGAGGUUAUGAAAGCUUCCAGGAGAAAUACAUGAAGGCCGUCCCUUCUAUGACGACUAACAUCAGUGCAAGCUGCUACGAGCCUCGGGCUGACUCCUUCCAUAUUUUUAGGAAUGCGAUUACAGGAGACCUGCCAUGGCCUGGCCUUGUGUUUGGACUCACCAUUCAGGCCAUGUGGUAUUGGUGCACUGAUCAGGUGAUUGUCCAGCGCUGCCUCUCAGCCAAGAAUUUAUCCCACGUUAAGGCAGGCUGCAUCUUGUGUGGCUACCUGAAGCUGCUGCCCAUGUUCCUCAUGGUUUUCCCCGGUAUGAUCAGCAGGAUCCUCUAUGCUGAUGAGGUGGCAUGUGUGGAUCCAGAUGCAUGUUUAAAAUACUGUGGUGCCAGUGUGGGCUGCACUAACAUCGCUUAUCCCAAACUGGUGGUGGAUCUCAUGCCCAAUGGUCUGCGAGGUCUUAUGCUGUCGGUGAUGAUGGCCUCUCUGAUGAGCUCUCUUACCUCCAUCUUCAACAGUGCCAGUACUCUCUUCACAAUGGACAUCUACACUAAGAUCCGCCGCUCAGCCACUGAAAGGGAGCUCAUGAUUGCUGGCAGAGUGUUUAUCUUGGGCCUGAUUGGUGUGAGCAUAGCAUGGAUCCCCGUGGUGCAGUCAGCCCAGAGUGGUCAGCUCUUUGACUACAUCCAGUCCAUCACCAGCUACCUCACACCACCUGUUGCAGCUGUCUUCAUGCUUGCCAUCUUCUGCAAACGUGUCAAUGAGACUGGUGCGUUUUAUGGCCUCACAAUUGGCCUGUUAAUCGGCCUGUCCAGGAUGAUUGCUGAAUUUGCUUAUGGGACAGGCAGCUGCGUUAACCCCAGUAACUGUCCCACCAUCAUAUGUGGAGUCCACUACCUCUACUUCUCCAUUAUCCUGUUUGUUAUCUCCUGUAUCAUCAUCGUGGGACUCUCACUCGUGACCAAACCCAUUGACGACAAGCAUUUGUAUCGACUGUGCUGGAGCCUAAGGAACUGUACCGAGGAGAGGGUGGACCUUGAACAGGAUGACUGGAUUGAUAACCAAGAGUCCAACAAUAUGGACAUAGAAGACAAGCAGAUUUUCUUCAUCGCCUUUGUCUCAUCCAUCACAGAGCCCGAGGAGGAACCAGGCUUGUGCAAGAAGGUGGUGAUGUCCUUCUGCGGCCUGGAGAAGCAAACAGCCCCGAAGUUGAGUCCAGAGGAGCAGGCGGAGCUGCAGAAGCAGCUGACAGACACCACUGAGAAGCCUUUAUGGAGGAACGUUGUCAACGCCAACGCCAUCAUCCUCCUGUGUGUGGCUGUUUUCCUUCAUGGUUUUUACGGUUAAAGAAACUCGACUGGCCCCAAAUGUUCUUG